AUGUACGCUUCACUUGCCAUUCACAUCGCCGAUACAAUCUCAAGUCUCGCCAAGGGUGAUAAGGGAGUCGACGUCGAAGUCACUUGGCAUUUUAAAGACGAUACGACAAAAACCGAAUCUUUCUUACCUACAAUCACUGUCACUUCAAUUGAUCCGUUCAUUUUAGUGUCGCGCUAUUUCUCUCAUGGGAAAAUUACUGGUAAUUCUGUUACUCCAUUUAAGGUUAUUGAUGGUGCAUUAUCAAGUGGUUUAAUGCAGCUGUCGCAGCUUCAGCCCAGCUUAGAGCGGAGGAGAUCGAUUUGGGACGGUUGGAGCAGAGGUGAAUUUGUGUGUGGAUUGAGCUUUAUGGUCAUUCUAUACAAUUCCUGCUUCAAAUAUUCCAUGUUUCCCGGCAUACAAGUUGGUACGAUAUCCCGAUGGUGCGGACCGGCAGAGUUACAUGUGGUUUAA